UGCAUGAGAGACUGUUAAUUUCCUGCUAACAAAUGAAGUAAGGGACCAACCACGAUGGAUUAUUUUCUGUUUUGUUACCUGAUAUUGUUGGUUCAUAAUGUUAGUCCAGUUAUCAUCAACAAGCCUAGGGCUGAAACCACAACAGUGUCCCUCUCCUCCAAGACCGUCAUCCCGUCCCACGUGUUCAGAACGAGGUGCCCUAACGAGACGUUCCCCUGUAGCUCUGACGGCAUCUGUAUCAACACGUCACUCAUGUGUGACCGCAUCCCCCACUGUAAGGAUGGCUCAGACGAGGGCAGCCUGUGUGACACAUUGAUGGCCGACUUGUACUCUGGAUCUUUCAACAAGAGAGUCGAGAUUACAGAGUUGCUGAAACACAAGGACAACUGCACACUGAAGAACUUCCCAUCGUACUGUCAGUGCUACAACAGUACUCAGCUACACUGUGACUACGUGAAUGUCAGCCGCUUCCAGCUCAACCAGCCGUCCAACGCAACUGUCUUAACCUUGAAAGGAAAUACAAUUGAAAACAUUUCUUCGAUUGCGCGGGGGUUCCUUCCAAAUCUCACCGUUUUAAACAUUGGAGGCAACCAGAUUAAAGAAUUGAGGUCCGGUGACUUCGACAAGAUGUCCAACUUGACUGAAUUGCACGUGCAAGAUAAUGAGAUAAGUGAGAUAAGUGACAACACGUUCAUCAACCUGCACCGGCUACAGAUCCUGUAUUUGUUUGAAAACAAGCUCAGCGAGAUAAGAAUGACUUACUUCACUGGGCUAGUAAACCUGGUCAAACUUGAUUUGAAACACAACUUUAUUGUUAAGAUUGAAGUCAACGCUUUUAGAGACAUGCGCAAUCUGAAGACACUGACACUGUACAGCAACAGACUGCAGGUUUUACAGAACGGCGUUUUCACUGGGCUUAGUGAGCUCGUCUCGCUAAAUCUUCAAAUGAAUCGUCUGGUAAAGAUUGAGGACAGGGUCAUGGCCGACUUACCGAAGGUUCAGUCAGUAGAUCUGUACAAGAACAAACUGAAGACCAUUGAGAACGGUACCUUCAGCUACAACAAGGAUCUGAAAUACAUAUACUUUGACAAGUUCUACAUGUGCAUCUACGCCAAACAAGCCGCCGUGUGCCGGCCCCAGGGGGACGGGAUCAGCAGCAAGGAGAACCUCCUAGAGAGCAUCGUGUUGCGGAUCAGCGUCUGGCUGGUUGCGCUGCUGGCCUGUGGGGGUAACCUGAUCGUCAUCCUGGGGCGGUUCUUCAUGCGCGAGGACAACAGGAUCCACUCCUUCUUCAUCAAGAACCUCAGUCUGGCCGACUUCCUGAUGGGGCUGUACCUGCUCAUCAUCGCCGUGACGGACGUCAAGUACCGCGGGGCCUACAUCGUCCACGACGAGUCGUGGAGAAACAGCUGGGAGUGCGACUUCUCGGGCAUCCUGUCCACGCUCAGCACGGAAAUGUCGGUGCUGACGCUAUCGGUCAUCACGCUAGACCGCUACAUCAGCAUCAUGUACCCGCUGUCCUUCAGAAAACGUGGGCUCAAGCAAGCCUACUUCGUCAUGGGCUUCACCUGGCUCAUUUGCAUAGUGCUAGCCGUACUUCCGGUUUCCGGAUUAGACUAUUUCGGCAAAUCCUUCUACAGGGACAAUGCCGUCUGCAUCCCCCUCCAUCUGCACGACCCCCGGGCAAAGGGUUGGGAGUUCUCCUCCUUUUUGUUCCUAGGGAUCAACUUCGGCUCCUUUGGGUUCAUCGCCUACGCCUACGCCGCCAUGUUCUACUCCAUACAGAUGAGCGCUCUGCCUUUGCGGACUUCCAGGGAGUCUAAAGAGCGCUGUCUAGUGCAGAGAUUUUUUUUCAUUGUCAUCACAGACUUUGUCUGCUGGAUUCCCAUCAUCAUCAUCAAAAUAUUGGCCCUAAGUGGUGUGGAGAUCUCAGAAGAGUUGUACGCCUGGGUGAUUGUCUUCGUGUUGCCCGUCAACUCCGCCCUCAACCCCAUGCUCUACACCCUCACCACCAAGCUGUUCAAGAAAAAAUUGUUUUCAAAGUUCACAUUUGUUGUCUUCAGACCCAAACCACUCACCGCGUCUACUCAAUCCAGGUCCAGUGUAAAGUCUGUCGGCUCGUCCAUGACAAGGCCCAUGCAGUACUGCGAGAUGGGUCUACUGAAGAGGUACUAUCCCACAUCGUCGACUCGCAAGUCCGCUAAAGACUACAUGGUGGACGGGAGUCCGAAGAACGCUGACCACACGGAGGACACUCAUCUGGUCACGACACAGGAGCUGACCAAUGGCAACGCACUCAAGAAUCCGCUGAACGAGACCUACAUACCAUAAACGCCUUUUGAACUUUUGUGUAAAGGCAGCAUGUCCUGUUAGCCGGC